GGGUGGAGGGGGGGGAAAGUUGUGGACAUGUUUUCCUGGAAGUGCACGGUUUUGCGGAUACAGUGUGCAACAUUGUAACUACUGCGUUAAAAAGACUCCUGCUUCUCUGACGGGACUUUGGAGCGUAUUUCCGUGUUGCUGUCAAACAGACUGGAUCGCCUUUUUUUGUGCGAAGCGAAACUCGAUGAGAACUUAUCAGAGUUGUGACAUUUGCUGCGCACAAACCCUCUAUGGAGCUGCGCGCAGUCGACUUUGAUCGAAACCAAACUGACUCCAUGGAGCUGAUCAGGGGGACGUCUGUGCACAAUUGAUCAGGUCUAGCUCCCUGAUGAAGUUAAAAAGAUUGGACAGCAGACCUCAGAUUUAAUUGCUGAAAGAGGGCUGCAUGUUCCCCACCCAGCACUUUCCUUUGGGAUUUUAUGUUUCCUCUCAGAUACCUCUGUAUACACAGUAAAAAAAAAAAAAAAAAUCACGACUGUGGGCAGGGGCAGCACACUAAAGAGGCAUAUGCCAAAUUUUGCACGCUCACUCAUUCAGACGAAAAACAUUUUCUAGUUUAGGAGACUGCUAUGAGUCUUCCUUCUCAGGUAAACACUGACAAGAGCAAGCAUCGGAGUCCAGCCAUGAAAGAAGGAGUGCAACACACCGGGGAGGUUUAUUAUGGUAUGGGACCUCCUGCUUCAAAGGUGAGCCAUAGUGACUCUGCAAGCAGCUCUGGUGUUUAUAACCCAGAGAAAGGGCACCAAAGUCUGCCACACUAUCAGCAGGCAUCUUCAGUAAAAUGGAUGCAGGACUCUUUACAGGCACCUGGGUGGACCCAGGAAGCUCCUGUCCCAACUUGGGGGCAGAACUUUGGCCAAUACAUGAGCGGUGUGAACGUCAGGGAUCAGAUGGCUUUCCAUAAAGGAGUUCAUGAAGGUGUAGCUAUGCCGAUGGGAGCGGAAAACCAGAUGUCGGCACCUGUGGAAGUUUACAGAGAUGCCCCCCAGGCUCAAACUCAGGGAAGGGGGCUUGAAUGGGAGCAGCAUGCCACUGCUGCUGUAAUGCACCAAGCCCAGCUACAAGCCUAUAGCCAUAAAGGCGUGGAUCUUCAGAGCCAAUCCCAUGUGCCAUCCCACACAAUGCAGGGGCCCAUUCUGCAACCUUUCCAGGCCUCAUUCAGACCGAACAAGCAGCAGUUUUCAUCAGGUUAUUACUCUGUCUUUCCAGCAAACAAGGGAAUGAUUUACGGAGAGCAGCCCAAAACUCAACAGCAACUAAUGCAUCAAAUGCAGCAGCAACAAAUACAUCAUCAUCACCACCAGCAACAACAACAGCAGCAGCAACAGCAGCAACAACAACACAUUCACCAGCAGCAUCACAUUCAGCUACAGCAACAGCAGCAACAGCAUUUGCAGCAACAGCAGCAACACCAAAUGCAGCAACAGCAGCAGCAUAUCCAGCAGCAGCAAUUGCACCAAAUACAGUAUCACCAGCAACAGCUGCAGGAGCAACAGCAACUUCAGCAGAUGCAGCAGCAGAUGCAGCAACAGAAUGUUCCACAGCCAGAAACAACACAACCUCAGGGACAAGCGAAGCUGCAGCAGCAAACCCAAAGUUUUGGAGCUUUUCCACCUCCUGAGCCUCUUCCACCUGAUUCUGGAGUUAAAAAAGAAGAUGUACAGCCAAUGGAGUCACGACCAGAGGCUCAAACUUGUGAUGCAUCAGCAUUACCUGCUGCAUGCUCUGAAAAGGUUGGAGCUACAAAUCCCUUAGAUACUGUGGACUCAGCUUCCGGGGCCCCUCGACGCUCACGCCGCCUCUCCAGAGAGGGACAGUCCCCGCUGGGUCCUCCACCCGGGAACAUGUGGUCCCAAGCUUCCAAAGAGCUACCACCACCACCACCACCACCCCAGAACGGAGUAGCUGGUGUCACAGGUGCAAAGGGAGCAGAAAGCCAAGCAGCAACAGGAGGGGUCAUACAGAUAACCCGCAGGAGGAGGAGGGCUUCCAAAGAGAUCAACCUAGAAACUCUGGCUCAGAAGGCUUCAGAGAUGGAGUCUCUACCUGCUAAAGCUGCCAAGGAGGACGCCCCCUCGACCAUUGUGCCCCUGGUUAUUCCAGUGUCUGUGCCUGUGCACAAGAACCAGGCUGAGUCUCAGGACGGCUGGGCUCAGGGUCGCAUCAGCCACAGUGAGCGCCCAGCAGGCCAAGCGGAUCGGAAGCCCUCUGUGAUCGUGGCUCGGCGGCGUUCGCUCAGAAACUCGAUGACUGAAAGUUUUGGCCAGGAUGGGGAAAGCGAUUCAGGAAUGGAUGAAGACGGAAAGGCUAAGUUCAAGCGCCGGACUCGUCCUGAGCCCCUCAUUAUCCCGCCUCCCAAAGUAUCCAACUUUAUCCCCCCGUCCCUCUACUCAAGCAUCACCUCCUACCAGAGCAACCUGCGCUCACCAGUCCGCCUGCCAGACAACCUGCACGCCCUGCCCCCUUACACGCCCCCUCCCAUCCUCUCACCUGUCAGAGGGGGAUCAGGGCUCUACUUCUCCACCUUCCUCACCAACAUAGCCGUAAGCAACCAGAUCCUUCCGCCUCCGGCUACUCCAAAGUCUGCAACGCGUAGCCUCUUACGGUCCACCAGCUCAGAAAUCACACCUCCAGUCUUGCCUUUGAUCACUGAUGCCACACCUGUGUGCCUUGAACCCCGUAUCAAUAUCGGGCAACAGUACCAGGCAGAAAUACCUGAUUUAAAAGAUCAGCUGUCCUCUCACUUGGAUCAGCAUAAGGCCGAGUUGGUCUGGCUUCCUUUGAAUAACCUCAACCAAAAACAAAGCGACGAGGAGACCAUAGAGCAUUUUAUGAACCUGGCGUGUUCGAGUGUUUUUAGUGGAGGAGGGACCAAUCAGGAGCUGGUUUUGCACUGUUUACAUGAGGGUGGAGGCAAAAUUCUUGAAACACUGGAGCGUUUGAUGCUUCAAGACCCAAUUUUCCCCAAAGGCCAUCACCUGGCAAGUUAUCACUACUCAGGCUCUGACAGCUGGACAGCAGAGGAGAAAUGUUACUUCAACAAAGGGAUCUCUGCCUACAGGAAGGACUUCUUCUUGGUCCAGCAAUUGGUGCGGACUAAGACUGUGGCUCAGUGUGUGGAGUUCUACUAUACGUAUAAGAAGCAGGUGAAGGUCGGUCGAAAUGGUAUCUUAACCUUCGGCCCCCCAGAUUCACCAGUGGAAAAGCACUCUGAGGCUGUGGUGGACGUUAAGAGCUCACAUCUGACAAAAGUAGCUCAAGGAGAGGCAAAAGAAGAAGAAGAAAAAAAGGAAGCUACUUUAUACGAUGAGGACAACGAAAGCAAGCAGCAGGCGAGGGUGGCCCAGUCACUACAGGCUCACGACUACGUAACAGGAACAGUUCUGGUCAUCAAAGAGCCAGAGCCUGUGAGUAAGGAGCCUCAUCACUCAUCAGUGCCUCACAGGCCUCGGGCUGAAGCUGCUGCGAAGAAGGCCAAAGCUCCAACGAAGCCCCCGCAGGACCCCAAUGAAGUGUUUCCAUGCAAGAAAUGUGGCAGGGUGUUCCAUAAAGUGAAGAGUCGAAGUGCCCACAUGAAGAGCCACGCCGAGCAGGAGAAGAAGGCUGCAGCCCUGCGGCAGAAAGAGGAGGAGGAGAAAGCUGCAGCGCAGGCUCGAGCCAGAAAAGUGGCUGCCGCAGCAGCAGCGGCUGCAGCAGCUCAUCAGGGGGGAGAGGGGGACGGAGCGGCACAGCAGGCGGAGCUCAGCAGCCAGGAGGACUCGUCCGAAGGGGAGGAUGAUGAUGACGAGGACUGGCACUGAGUAUAAACAAAACGGGGAAAAGACCCUUCUAAGCAGGGGGAAAUUAUGCAACCAGCCUGCAGAGAUGAACAAAGAAAUUGAUUAAAGAGUUAAAAUCAAAGUGCAACAUUCAAUGGGCAGAAUAAGCACAAGAAAUGGGUUUUUCGUGUCUUCCUGUUAAUCUUUACACUGUUUUUCUUCUGUUUU